CACUCACACGCACACACACAAAGACACGCAGAGUCACAAAGCAAGACACGCAUUAGGAGGGGCAGCUUCAGCUGAGCACUAAAGACUUCUGACGGGGACGAAGGUCAACCACAUUAAUACCAGAGCACGGGCAAGACAGACAUUUUGCCUAAAAACUAUUGGAACUGAGGAGAAGAUGGAAGGAAGCCAUCUUUAAUUGUGUGUCCAUCUGUUAACAUGUAGGAGGGGGGCCAUGACAGAAGUCAGCCUCUGAUUAAUAAAGCCUUGUUGGCAUGGCGGAGCCGGCGGGGUCUGCUGUCCAGUCGGGCGCCACCCGUGCCAUGCCCUCGCACAAAACCUGGACCGAGGCUGACGGAGACGAAGAAGAGGUGCAAUACGAGGACACAGAGGACGGCCCCAUCUUCUCCCUCUCCAAGAGCUCCAUGGACGUGCUCAUGGCCACGGAGCCCCACCGCCCCUGGGACCCGGCCGUGACCCGGCAGGACCUCCGGCGCAGCUCCAGCACCAACACGCACACGGAGCGCCAGGCCUGCAGCCUGCAGCAGCUGCGCGAGCGGCAACUCACUGAGGACGCCGCCGCCGCCGCCGCCAACAAGGCGCUACCGAUCCCACGCCCCCUCAGCGAGCGAUGGAGCACCUGCAGCACGCGCAGCGACUGCAGCACCCCGGACAGCGUCAUCUGGAGGGGAGGACCCGGGCGCCCCAAGAGUCUGAUCCAGGUCGCCCCCUCGUCAAAGCUGGCUCACCCUGCUAGCCCGUCGCCGUCCUUUGACUCUCCUGAAACACCCCCCGUGUCGCCCUCCACCAGACCCCCCUUGCCUCUGUCUCCUUGCGGGAAGCAACCGCCGAUGUCCUCGCCUACACCCGCGCCACCCACCCCUGAGGUUCCUGCGAGCCCACCCGUCCCACCCUCCGCCCCGCCGCCCACCUCCCCUGAACCCCGCCGGCUCCCCAGCAUGGAGUACGAGCACAUCCCGUCAGCCUGUGGCUCUCCCUCCUCUCCUACCUCACCUCCGCGUCGGCCCGUCGGCCCGGGGAGCGACGGCGGCGUCGGGGACGGUUCCCAUCGAGGCGCGCACCCCGUCCAAGCCUCGGAGGAGCUGCCGAGCGUGUUUGGGAGCGCGCGCUCCGUGGUCGGGGGUGAGGAGGAGCACCUGCCGCCGACCCAAACAGAGGGACGAGAGCCGCCGAGACAAGGCGGGUCGCUAUGGCAACCGGGAUCCUCAGCCGCUGACCUCGGUGUCAGUCGCAGAUGGCGGUCCCCCUUGGCGUCCUCCCUGAGUGACACGGGCCUGAGCGCGCGCUGCAGGUGCAUCUGUGGUCAGUCGAGGCUAGAGACCCCCGGGCCUCCAGGGGGAAAGGACCACGGCGGGGUCGAGGUUCAGGAGGAGCAGGAGACGCCCGGGUCCCCCGUGAGGUCGGUAGACGCUGCCGUGCAGACGGCCUCCCCGCCCGGCUCGUGGUCCGGCCUGAGGAAGCACACGUCCUUCGCGUCCGCCUCCCACAUGGGCUCCCACUCCGUCCUGGGCUCCCCGCCCGGCUCCCGACUCAACCUGCGCUCCCCCGUGGGCUCCACCUCCAACCUGGUCUCGGCCACCUCCAGCAUGUUCUUCCAAGACGCCGGAGAGGAGCGGGAGGAGGAGAAAGGGGAGGAGGAGAAGAAGAGAAAGAAGAGCUCCUUGAUGUGGGAGACCCUCGCGCCCGCCGCCGAGCCCCCGGAGCGCAGGAGGUCCUGCCUGAAGGUGCAGGGGGAGGAGCGGCCCCGGGGGCGGGGCGGCGAGCUGGGCCGGCGCGGCAGCAUGAAGCAGGUGCAGUGGGACGAGGAGGGCAUGACCUGGGACGUCUACGGCAGCUCCGUGGACCCCGAGGAGCUCAACGUGGCCAUCGAGAGACACCUGACCCUCCGGGGGGACAAGGACAAACAAGGACAGAGCCCCCCGCCGCCCAGAAGCAAGUGGAGGCUGAAGGCGGCCACCAGAGCGGCAGGGACCACGCUGAGCCAAACCAGAGCUGCUAAGGUCACAGUUUUAGGCUCCAAGGAGCCGCCACGGCUGGCCACGCCCACCAUGGACUCUGAGGGCGAGGCCAAGGCCAAGGCCGAGAGCGAGCUGGAGAAAGGCAAGAGAAAAAAGCAGGAACUGGCAGCGGACGUCGGCGGGAAAAGGAAGAUUGAAGUAAAGAGGGAGAAGGGGAACGGCAAAGGGGAAGAGAAGGAGACAGCGGAACACAGGUCCUCCCCCUGCAUGAGCCUCAGCCUGACGAAGGGACUGAAGUGGCCCCGGGCGAAGCCCUGCUGCGGGGGCUCCAGCCAAGACCAAAACUGAGUACAUUUUUAUUUGACACGUUUUUAAUACUAUUAUCAACUUAUUUUCCGGAUGUAAGGCUCAGGUGAAGGCCGCACGUCAACAAUGACGUACAAGGUGGUGUCAUUGAUCCCUUUCGAAAAAUAACGCAACAGGAGAUGGGCGUGAUCCGGUACCCUUGUUUUUAAAUGGACCAAUGUAUAUUGCCGGACCAAAUGACCUCUGUUUCCGUCAACAAACCGUCUCCCUACACUGAGCUCACCAACAACAGAACGUGGAACUUGUGGCUCAGCCUUCUGUACUCCAUUAGCUGACUUACUCGCGCCUCGCUAGGACAACACGCAUACAAUAAGUUCAUUAAUGGGUAACCUUGGUGAACCACUGUGGGGGGGGGGGGGGGGGGCAUUCAGGACCAUUCAGAUGAGCAGGCACAUUCUCUUUCACCGUAGCGAAAGCCCUCACUGACUGGUUGCUUCCACUGGAGUUAUUGUCAUAUUUCACCGGUUUGAGAUAAACAAGCAGACUUGCUGUGGAUUUAUGCCAUUCUUACUUAUGUUUUAUAUUAUCUCUUUUAUUAUUUUAUUGACGCAUAUGCGCCCCUUCUGCUGUUGAUGAGUAAAAAUGAUUGACUGUUAUUAUAUUGUUAUUAAAACUAUCUUUAGUCACACCCAUGUUGUUGUUUUUCUGUUGAGUCAUGACCAUGCAGGAUGAGGUGAGCACAGUCCAUAUAGAGUUUGUUAAGGGGUCAGAGGUCACAGCAUCAUCAUCUGACCUGAUCUCAUCUGUCAUAUGAUUUCCUGCAUGUACGUAACGGUGUGUGUUUACAAACAUUGUUCCCAGUUCUGACUCCCCUUUGUCCUAUGUGUGUUUGUAUAUAUGUGUGUGUGUGCGCGCGCGCGUGUGUUAUGUACACAUGUGGGCCGUGGCGGGAGGCAUGGGCCGAUCCAUAUGUUUUUUUGCAGGUGAAAGUGCUGAUGGGACCCCCUGCAUCUCCUAUCACAGAGGCAGUAGGGGAGAAAAAAACCCCUCUGUUACAGGAGAACAAUCCAGUGUUUGGUCUUUGUUGCUGCGCCACACAUUGUCCGCCCCCCACCU